AUGAAAUCAAACAAUCUACCAGUUGACCAGAAACAGAGAAAAUUAACUCAGUUAGCAUCAACACACAACCAAUAUCAACCAUUUUCUUCUUAUUAUCUUUGGUAUCUAAUCGACAGAUUUCAUUUUAUCAUUGAUGACAUUCAAUCAAUUUUAACAUUUACUAAAAACACUUGUUUUAAUGAAUUUGCGAACGAAUUUAUGAACGAAAGACAAAAGGCUGAAUUAGAAGGAAAUAAAGGAAAAAGUUUAUUUUGCAAGAUUUCACUUAAUGGAUCAUAUGGUUACGAUGCAAUGAAUACACAAAAUUACGCAAAGACUAAAAUAAUGAAUGCACAGAAGUCACGCGUUGCAUGUAUGUCAAAUAAGUUUAAAAACAUAAGAGAAAUAGGUGAGGAUACAUAUCAACUGAUGCUCAAAGAUAGAUUUUAUAGAUGUGAUACAUGUUUACAAGAGGCAUUCUUCACUUUAGAUAAUGCUAAAUACUGGUAUUUGGUUUUCAUUUAUGAUUUUAUGUAUAAAUGCAUGGAUGUUAAUCGUUUUCAUUUCAUUGAAGGUGAUACUGAUUCAUCUUAUUGGGCAAUCGCUGGCGACCCAAAUCUUCCUAACACUCAAGCAUUUCAAGCAAUUGUAACCGAUAAACAAUUUUAUGAUAAAAACAUUUUCAAAUUCGCACCUUUUGAUUUCUUCUGUUUUGAUGAGAAAUUUAAACCUAAAUUAAAGAAUAAAGCUGAAGAAAAAGCACAUGAGAAGAAGUUAUUGGGUUUAGCAAUUGAGAAACAAGGUGAUAACAUGGUUGCUUUAUGUCCUAAGUGUUAUACAUCAUUCGACGGUUCAAUUGAUGGAAGUGAUUUUAAAAAGAUUGCACAAAAAAUGAAAGGUGUUAGUUUACGACAAAAUAAACAAUUAACACCUAAAAAUUAUUUAGAUAUAAUAAAUGAUAAAGUGAUAUUUGAUGGUCAGAAUAUUAAUUUACAACUUAAAAAUGGGUCAAUGACUCGCUUAACAAUUGGUAAGACUGCAUUAACAGGAGCACACACUAAGGCUGUAUGUUGUGAAAAUGGAUGUUGUAUGCCAUUUAUUUAA